CGCGGCCCGGCGCGCGGCAGUGUCGCGUUGGCGCGCAGUCAUGGCGGUGCCGAACGGGGCCGGGGCCGCGGCCGGGACGGGCCCGGCGGGAACCGGGCUGGGCCUGGCGGUCCCGCCGGGGGUCCCGGCGGGCACCGGGGGAGGCCUCAGGGCCGCGGCCGGGCUGUACGAGCAGCUCAAGGGAGAGUGGGGCCGGAAAAGCCCCAACCUGGCCAAGUGCGGGGAGGCGCUGGGCAGGCUCAAGGUGGCUCUGCUGGACCUGAACUUCCUCCCCACCUCCGGCUCGGCCAUGACCAAGCAGCAGCUGAUCCUGGCCCGGGACAUUUUGGAGAUUGGGGCGCAGUGGAGCAUCCUGAGGAAGGACAUCCCCUCCUUUGAGCGUUACAUGGCCCAGCUCAAGUGCUACUACUUCGACUACAAGGAGGAGCUGCCCGAGUCGGCGUCGCGGCACCAGCUGCUGGGGCUGAAUUUGCUGUUCCUGCUGUCCCAGAACCGCGUGGCCGAGUUCCACACGGAGCUGGAGCGGCUGCCGGCGCCCGACAUCCAGGGGAACCUGUUCAUCAGACACCCCGUGUCGUUGGAGCAGUACCUGAUGGAGGGCAGCUACAACAAAGUGUUCCUGGCCAAGGGCAACAUCCCGGCAGAGAGCUACACCUUCUUCAUCGACAUCCUGCUGGACACCAUCAGGGAUGAGAUCGCGGGCUGCAUCGAGGCCGCCUACGAGCGGAUCCUGUUCCCCGAGGCCGCGCGGAUCCUGUUCUUCAGCUCGCCCCGCAAGAUGACCGACUACGCCAAAAAGCGGGGCUGGGUGCUGGGCCCCUCCAACUAUUACAGCUUCGGGGGGCGGCAGCAGAAGGCCGAGGACCCCCCGAUCCCCUCGACGGAAUUGGCCACGCAGGUCAUCGAGUACGCCCGGCAGCUGGAGAUGAUCGUCUGAGAAACGCAAAAUUCCUUUUUUCCUCUUUAGGCCCUUUUUUUUCCCUUUUUUUCUGCCUUUUUUCCUUUUUUUUCUGCCUUUUUUUCCGUGAUUUUUUUGCCUUUUUUCGUGAUUUUUUGGGGGGUUUUCCAACGUUUAAAGUGUUUUUUUUUUGGAGGGCGUUGAAAUGGUUAAAGAUUAUUUGGGCCUUUUCCAUGUUAACGCCUCCAAAAUCUCCCCAAAACCCCGUUUAUUCUCCUGAUUUGUUUUAUUUUAUUGCGUUUUUUUGGGGGGUUGAAGUAUUUUUUUGGGGUGUGGUUAAAUAUUUAAAAGGGGGUUUGGAGGGGGGGUCUGGAUGCUGAGACCCCCGGGACCCCCAAAAUCCCCAUUUAUUCCCAUUUAUUCCCAUUAAUUCCCAUUUUCUCUUCAAUUUUGUUGCAUUUUUGGGGGGAGUCUUGAUGUGGGAACCCCCAAACUCCCUCAGACCCCCCCAAAACACCCCCAAAUCCCCCUUUUAACUCCCAUUUCCCCUCAUUUUCGGGAGGUUUCACAAUUUAAAGGUUUUUAUGUGAGGGGAUUAGGGGAAAUUGGCCCGUGUCCUCUCCCCCCACCCCUUUUUGGGCACAACCGGGGGGCUGAGCCCCCUCCCCAAAAUCCAAACCCCAAAAUAUUGUUCCAAUAAAGUGCUGGAGCCGGA